AUCAAUAUUCAUGAAUUCCAUAGCAGCCGACAAGCGUCAAAAUGGCGGUUCUGGAGCUUUUUUCGAGUCCAAUUCGGACAAGAUAUAAUGCCAGUAUUUGCACCAAAGCUACUAUAUUUGCUGUAUUAGCUUUUCUUUUUACAGUAAUACCACCUUUCUUGAUCGCGUACAGAAGUGAAGGUUUUUGGAUCAAACAAGCAUACUACAGAGAGCAACCUGAUGUGAAGUUCAAACAUCAGAUCCUUCUCAUCCUCCAAACUGAUUCACAAACUAGUUAUAUUACUUGGAGUACAUACCUCAACUUUAAUCUUCUUGAACAAGCAAACCUUCGGAUACCUCUUGUCAAGUCGAGAGAAGAAGACUCAAACAGAGAUGGAAAGAAUGAUAAAUUUAUUUUCUCUAUUGAGGUACCUGUUCUUGAUUCUGAGAAAGUACAUGGAGCUCAACUCAUUUUCAUAUUUGACUACAGAUUAUAUAGAUUCAGUGAUGUUAGAAUGGAAGCCAUGGCAUAUGUCAGUCAUACCUCAGCCAUAGCUGGUGCUGAGCUGAAUAUGGAUGGGGAUCUUCAUCUCAGACUUAAACAGCCUCUAGCCCACAAGGGAUAUGACACAAGAUAUGAUGUUCCCAUUAUUGACUCAACCAGUGUAUUUGCUGAAGACUAUACGUUUAGCAAGAUAUUUGCCUCCUAUCAACAGAGAAAUAUUUCCACACGUUUUGAGUGUGACUACCCAAUAUGGUUGACAGGAAGGGGAGCAGGCCAGCCUUUUACCAUCAAGGGAACCAUUUACUACCCAGAAGAGACCAUUGUAUAUAUUCCAGGUUUCUGGCAGGUCAUCAAGUACGGUUGGAUUCAAUACCUCUCGGUUUUGUUCCUCUUCAUAUUUCUGAUGGAGCGUGUCAAGGCAUUCGUCUUUGAGAACCAGAUCGUCAACACCAUCGUGCAGCAUCCUGUCCCUCUGACUUACAAGAAUCACUUCACGUGAUAGUUAAUAAUCAAGUUUGCUUGUAUUGUUUUCAUUAAGUCGUUGACUACUAUGCAUUCUUGGAUAAGAGCAGGUAUCAUGGUGUUCCAGAGGGCAAUUGGUUAACUCGUUGACUUCUGAAUCCUCUGUUUACUUUGGCAACCUGAGGCAGCCUGAGGAUUCCACAAUGCCAGCAGAAUCGGAUUGUGUAGUCACUCAAGAAAACACUGGAAGAAUACUAAGGAUCAUUCUCAAUUAUCAUCAUGACUCUGCAGCAAUUUCUUAGGACUCAUCUCAUCGGCUGCUGUACAAACUUCAAAAUUUGAGGGGGUACUUGAUUGAUUGUACCUGUUUUUAUAUUACAGAUUAUGAUAGGCUUGCAUGUACAUUUUUUUUCUUAACUGUACAUUGCAUCUCAGAAAAAAACCUAAGAAUUAUUAAUAGUUUAUAACAACUUAAUCACAAAUAAACUUGAUAAAAGCUUAGAGUGUUCUCUUUGAUCUAGUACAACCUCAGUGAUCCCUCAUUCAUACAUGAGUGAUUGAAAAGAAUUUAAAAAAAGGAUACCAAAAAGUCACCUGUCGGAUGGUAUCUGAAUUUCAAAACGAAAAUCAAAUAUCUUAAAAAGUUCCAUAUCUGCACUUGAUAAUUUUAUUAAUUGCAUGUUCAUGGCUUUCCUAUUGUUGCUCUAGUAUGGUUAACAAAAGACUUUAUGCAUAGCUGAUUUUCACUAAAUGAAAUGAUGAGAAAGUCCAAAAUCCAGCCUAAAAUAAUGUGGUCUCCAGUCGUGCAACUGAGAGAGCCAUUAUGUAAUACACUAAAUAAUUCUUUGAUGUAUGUUCUAUUACAUUUUUAAAUUACUUGUAUUCAUUUUCAUGUAGUUGAUGAUACAAAGCUAUUCAAUAAAUGCACUGUCCUCAGAUUAAUGGAGGAUGAAAGGUAUAGUGAAUACUUGAUCAGCUAUCCCUAAAGUGUAUUGCAAAUCACUGUUUUGUGGAGAAAAAAAUAGGGAAAAUAGAUAAUCAUGUAUCAUUACAUCUUAUUUUGAUGUAGUUUCAGAAUUAUGUAUCUUUGCAGGAAUUUAUUCCCUGAAACGGAGGAGAGUAACAGCUGCUCUGUUAAAGCCAGGGUAAUAAUGUUGCAUGAGUGUGAUAUACAGAUGAAUCUACCGAAGACAAAUCUUUUGGGAUCACAGAAAUUUGUCCGACUUUGGCAGAUUUUACUUGUAUGCUUUUCACACUGCAUUUCCUUAACCCCAUACUAUCCUUAACCCUAUACUAUCUUUCUUAACCCCGGACUAUCGCACAGCUCAUGAAUAUUGAUGAUUUUGCCACACAGAGCGUGAUUAACAUGCAAUUUUGACUUCUGUGAUUGGCUAAUGCUUUGCCCCACAUUUCCUUAGCCCAGUUUUGUUUCACACUGCAUCUCUUAGCAUGGCUAACCCUGCUUUUUUGCAGGGCAAGAUAGUACCGUACUAUGUAAUAUGCUAGCCCACUUAAAACAGUGUGAAACCGAAGUGGGCUAAGCUUAACCCCGGGAAAUUGGUGGGGCUAAGAACACCCCCCCCUCAUAGCCCCACCAAUUUAAGUAAAAUAUGUGCAGUGUGAAAAGCAUAUUAGAAGAUGUAAUAAGCUGACGUUAACAUUUUCUUGCCUACAAAAUAUCCCUUGACUUAAUUAAUAGCUCAUUAUUUGACUUUUGGAAGGUGGACUUAAACAGAGUCUAGGUGUGUGUUCUCAUUAAUAUUCAAACCAAUGUGAUGCCAAAACCGAUUUGGACUGGUAAGAAAAAUGUAGGUUUUAGGACAAAAGUUCAGUGUAGGAUGGAUUGAUUAUUUGAGCAGGAAUCAAUUAGCACAUUGACUUCAUUUUGCAUUGUUUUGUAUUAGCAUUGUAAAUAGUGUACAAAGGAAAGUUGUAAAUUUCUUUUUAUGAUAUAAUGUACAUCAGUUGUAAAUCAAGUGAUUUUCACCUUGCCGUUGAUUAACUUAUUAAAAAAAAUUGUUAAAAAUUUA